GAGAGCCCUGCAUAGCACAGCAUUGCGGGAAGCCAGGAUGGGAAUGCAGAGCGUGGCUGUGGCUUGUGGGGCACUGACCUUGUGCCUGGCACUCACCACAGCCACCAACCCUGGCUUCGUGGUGAGGAUCACCCAGGCAGGCUUGGACUACGCUCAGCAGCAGGGGAUCGCCAUCCUGGAGAAGGAGCUGGCCCAGCUGAAGCUGCCAGACUUCUCGGGUAAAUCAGGGAAAGUGCGCUAUUCAUUCUCCAGACUGCGCAUUCCCAGUUUCCGCUUGCCACACUCACGGAUUACCCCGAUCUCCAACGUGGGCCUGCAGGUCUCCAUCUCCAACGCCUUUGCCGAGCUGAAUGGGGACUGGCGGGUGAAGUAUCGCUUUAUCCGGGGACAUGGAUCUUUCAACCUGAAGGUAGAAAAUGUCGACAUGAAAAUCAUCCUGAGGCUGGGCAGUGACACCACUGGGAGGCCCACCAUCAGCACUGCGGGCUGCAGUGCCCACAUCUCCAAAGUCCGUGUGCGCUUUUCAGGCAAGCUUGGGUGGCUUUACAACCUGUUCCACCGUGUUAUUGAGUCCAAGUUGCGAAAGAAUUUAGAGAGUAAGGUGUGUGACAUUGUGGCCAAGUCUGUGCACAAUGAGCUCCAGACGUACAUCCGGACAUUGCCAGUCACAGCCAGGAUAGAUGACAAGAUUGGGAUCGAUUACUCCUUGGUGGCAUCCCCAAGAGCUACUGCCCAGUCCCUGGAUGCAGACCUGAAGGGUGAAUUCUACUCCCUGGCCCACCGCUCCACCGUCCCCUUCUCACCGCUGCCACUGGCCUUCCCCUCGGAUCACGAGCGCAUGGUUUACUUUGGAGCCUCCAGCUACUUCUUCAACACAGCCGGCAUUGCCUACCACAAGGCCGGGGCACUGGUCUUUGAAAUCACAGAGGCCAUGAUCCCAAAGGAUGCAGGAUUCCGCUUGGACACCUCAGUCUUCUCAGCCUUCAUUCCCCAGCUGGAGGAGAAGUACCCAAACAUGCCAAUGAAGUUCAGGCUGUCCACUCCCACUGCUCCAUUUCUGACUAUUGGACCAGGAGGAAUCUCGUUCCAGCCCAUUGUGGAUGUCCAGGCUUAUGCCAUCCUUCCCAACUCCAAACUGGCUCCUCUCUUCCUCCUCAGCCUGACAGGGAACGUGUCUGCUGUCAUCAACGUGAGAUCCGGCCGCAUAGUUGGGAGCCUGGAUGUGGGCAGGAUCAGGCUCUCUCUGAAGAAUUCAGCUGUCGGCAAUUUCCAGGUGCAAUUUCUGCAGACCAUACUGAACUACUUGACUUCCCAUACCCUGCUCCCACGUCUUAAUGCCCGCUUAAAUGAGGGUUUCCGUCUGCCGAUGCCAGACAGGAUCCAGCUCUCCAAUAUCCUUGUGAGGUUCCACCAGAAUUUCCUGCUGCUUGGAGCAGACGUUCGCUUCCAGCCCCGGGGAUGAAGAUAAGGUGAUGAGAGCCCUUCGGCACUAAAUAUGCUCCAUUAGCCACUUUGCCAUUCAUGCCCUUCCCUGCCUGAGCCAAAGACCACAAGUCCUGCCACUGUCCUGCACUGCUGCCUUGGCCCAGACCCUCCAUCCCCCCUGCUGGGGUCUCACCUGGUGCUACCAUGAGCUGGGGGUCCCCUGUCCUGGGCCACCCCCUCCCCUCCUCCGUCUGAGCAGCAAUAAAGGCGUUGGUGCUGGGGC